GUGCUAUUAAACAGACACCUGUUGUAAUGAGACUACAGUUACUUUGCCUGUCAGUUUGUUUCUUUGCUUCUGUCCACAUGCAAGCAUGUCCAUCGGAAAGUGGCUGGGUUAUGUACGAUAGAAAAUGUUAUAAAUUUAAUGCAUAUCCUCGACUUGAUCACCGGAGAGCUAGCACAUUCUGUCAAGAAAAUGGAGCCACCCUACUCAGUAUCAAUUCACAGCAUGAACAUCAGUUCAUUGCUAACUGGCUUCAGCAAAAUGAUCUGAGCAGAGAUUCUUGGUUAACCAGUGGUGUCGUAGCAACUCUGGGAAUCAGUUGGGAAGGUGAUGGUACAGCUACAACAUCAUUUGAUAAAUGGAUAAUCCCAGCAGAGCAGCGAAUCACUGGCAGACGUGUCGUGUACUCCUACCAAGGUACAGAGUAUGGUUGGAAAGUGGGGCAGACAAAUUCAACCUAUUCCUACAUUUGUGAAAUCAGCGUGAAUGAAGUCUACAGGAUUGUGCAACAACAUCGUGACUUCAAUUAUGGAUUAGAUGUAGAUUAUCCAGGCCAGGCCCCAAGAGGCCCCACAUUCUUGCAAGAACCUCAAGAAACUGUUGUUUUAGGUCAGACAGACACUGUGUAUUUAGAGUGUCUUGCCAGUGGAAAACCUGACCCUUCAUAUGCAUGGCUCGUUGAAAGGCAAGGAGGCAUGGUGCCUCUGCCUGCAAAUCCCAGGUAUUCUUUCUCAACUGGAAAACUUGAAAUCCACAAUCCUAUUACAAGUGAUGAAAGUACCUACCAGUGCAAAGCUGCAAAUGAGUAUGGAACUAUUUUAAGUACCUCAGUGCCUUUAUCCUUUGGAUUUCUGGGAGAAUUUUCAAAUGUUCCACCAGCCACUGUGAAUGGGAAUGAGUAUGAUGGUGCACAACUUGAGUGCCCUCAGAUUGCUUCAAGACCAGCAAAGAGUUACACUUGGUACAAAGAUCAGUUUUUCAUCAUAAGACCUGAUUUUCAACGACAUAUUUUUAUUUCUGCAAGUGGAAAAUUAUUUUUUUCUGAGCUGGCAGUCUCUGACCAAGGAACCUAUUACUGCCUGGUCACACUGACCAGCUAUAGUCAGAAUAGUAACUCAAUUGGUGGUACCCAGACAGAAAGUAGAACCAGCCUGGGAUUUGGACUUGUUGUAAAAUCCGGCGGUGCAAGUCAGUUUCAGCCUAAAAUUCAGAAUGAUUUUAUUUAUGUGUUUCCACCAAAACCAUUGAAAGGUGACAUGGUCAAGCUGGAGUGCUUUGCAUAUGGCACAGGUGAACUCCAGUACAGUUGGUCAAGGGCAAAUAACAGACAACUUCCUCUUGGACACAAGUUUGAAAGCAACAACCGCAUUCUUGUUUUAAACAGUGCUCAACUUGAGGAUGGGGGACAGUAUGUCUGCAAAGUGUUCAGUCUUGCGACAAACCUUGUAGAUGAGAGAAGCCUUGACUUGGUGAUUCAGUCUAAACCUUUCUUUACGUAUGCACUCACACCACAACAUGUUGAUGUUGGAAGCAAGCUAACCUGGCACUGCGAAGCUACUGGUCAUCCACUGCCUACAUACCAGUGGUACAAAAAUGGAAAAAUUCUUCGAAAUUCAGCAGGACUGACUGUUUCUGUCAAUACUUUAACUAUUGACGCUGUUGAUUUGAAAAAGGAUAAUGGAAUGUAUCAGUGUGCUGCAACAAAUUUGCAUGGUACCACCUUUAGUACAGCUCAGCUCCGGGUUCUAGAGCUUAUCCCAUCAUUCUCAAAAACACCAAUGAUGAAAUCACUAAUGGCAACAUUGGGAGGACAAGUCACAAUCAUCUGCAAUCCUGUAGCUGCACCAGCUCCAACCUUCAAAUGGUUUAAAGAUGGAAGCAACCUGAACUUAGAACCUGGACUGUUUAAACCAGAGGAUCAUUAUAAAUUACUGACAAAUGGUAAUUUAAUCAUUCAGAACAUUACAGCCAGCGAUCAAGGGAAGUACACUUGUCAGGCUCAGAAUUCAGUUGGUCAAGCUGAGGACUUCUCACAUCUGAAAGUUGUGGGGCGGAUAGUACUGUCUCAGUCUCCAAGUGAUCAACGGGUUGAAGUGAAUCUGACUGCCACUUUGUUCUGUCAAGUUUCCCAUCCAUCUAAUAUCGACAUGAUAUAUCUUUGGAAAUUCAAUGACCAUGUCAUCAGAUAUGAAAUAGAACAAGAGUACAGACUGGGUGUUGGUACUCAGAGAGGAUCACUAUAUAUUAUAGCAGCCCAGUUUAAAAAUGAAGGUAGAUAUACAUGUUCUGCUACAACAGGAUUGGACCAGAUCUCAUCUACAGCUUAUCUUACUGUCAUAGGGCCACCUGGUGAACCAGCUGGCGUGUAUGUUGACAAUAGAUCUCCUUUGCCAAAUGAUGCUAACAGACCAACUGACCAGAUCAACAUUAAUACAACACGCUGGGUGAUUUGGACCGAUGGCGAGGACCGUGGUAGCAAGAUCACACAUUAUUUUGUGGCAUUUAGGACUACUUUAGACCCAACCUGGCGAGUUCAUCCAGAUGGAAUUAACAUUCCAAAUUACAGUGUAACAAGGGAGCAAUAUCCAGAUAAAAGAUUUGCAAGACUUACAAAUUUGAAAGCUGGAGCUGGUAUUGAGUUUCGAGUAUCUGCACGUAACAGUUUUGGAAUUGGUCCUCCAAGUUUACCAACAGCCAUGACCCAGAUUUCUGGAGCCAAACCAACUGUGACUGUCACAAAUGUGCGUGGGGGUGGCGGGUCUGUUGGAGAGCUUACAGUUGUGUGGGAUCCUCUUCCACUGGAAGAUCACAACGGACCAGAUUUGAAGUACAAAAUUUCAUGGAAAGUGUAUGAGUCGUUCACACAGGCAAACUCUUCAAAGUGGAGAGUGGGAGAGAUAACUCACAGUAAUGCAUGUAAAAUUAAAAGUGACUACGUAUCUCUACGAGGCCAAGCAUUUCUCUGUAGCUAUGUUGUCCUUGUGGGAGCCCUACAGUAUUACACUCCCUAUGAGGUGAAAGUCCAAGCUUCCAACAGAUUUGGAGAUGGUCCGGCCACAAAUAUGACAACAAUCAUGUCAGCAGAAGACAUGCCUUUGGGUGCUCCAGAUAAAGUGCUUGCUGAUGUUUACAAUGCCACAGCCCUCAUGAUUACUUGGAGUCCUGUUCCUAAUACUAGGGAGAGCAUGAAGGGAAAAUUGAAAGGAUAUAAGAUAAAUUACUGGCGCAGUCAAAGGGAGACUGAAGCUCAGGCCUUACAAAAUAUUAUUGAACUUAAACCAGGUCAAAAUAACCUGGACCGAGGUCUCAUAAUAGGCUUGGAACCAGUUACAUGGUAUAAAUUUAAUGUCCAAGUGUACAAUUCAGCCGGCAAUGGUCCUAAGAGUUCAGACUAUGAACAACAGACUCUGAACCGGGUUCCCAGCCAGUACCCAACUGAGGUUCAUGUGUAUUCCAUAGAAGGUUUUGGUGUUCGUGUCAACUUUAGAGGCAUUAGUACACAAAUCAGAGAAGAACCUUUGAAGGGUUACAAGGUGCAGUAUUGGAAAUCAAAUGAGAACAUUUUAAGUGCUAGAGAGGUUGAUUUUGGUAAGACAAGUACAGGGGUGAUUCGCAACUUGAGCUCCAGUGAAUUGUAUGAACUGAGAGUGUAUGGUUACAGUAAAGGUGGACAAGGAAAGCGGAGUUCUCCAACUGUUUAUUUCACUGUAGGAGAUGGUCAGAUUCAAAUCAACACAGAAACAACAGACAUUCUGAGUGAUGGUCCAGCCAGAAAUCCUUCUGCAUUUAUUGUUUUUAUUUUUGCAUUUGUAACAUUGUUUUUAAAACUAUAG